AUAAUGUCACUGACCAAGAACAAGAUAAUGUCACUGACUCUGAAUAUGAAGAAAGUACAGAAAAAACUUAUAAGCGAGAUAGAAAAAGUGGAGCAGAGUUGCCAGUGUAUGAACCAAUAGAAAAUCAUAAAGAGCCUCAUAAAGGUUAUGCUACACUGCCGCAUAAAAUGCAGCAAAGUACUAUUAGCCCGCUUGCAUUAUUUCAUUUAUUUUUUAUUGACUAUUAUUUACAAACAAUUGUAAAUAAUACUAAUAAUUAUGAAAAAUUAAAACAAGCAAAUAGUUUAAAAAAAGGUUGUGUUUGGACUUUAUUAACUUUAAAGAAGUUAAAGAUUUGGAUUGCGAUAGUCAUUUAUAUGGGAAUUCACAAAAUUCAUGGUAUUCAAAUUAAACGGUUUCUUCACAUAUCUAAUCCAUAUGAGCCUUCUUUAUACUGGUACUCUAAAAUUGAACCAUUAGCAUUGCAACUUCGAGAUAUGUUCAAAAAAUCAUAUGUAUCCAGCUCACAAAUAUCUGUAGAUGAGAUGAUGAUUUGCUUUUCUGGCUGCAGCAUGUAUACUGUAAAAAUGAAAAACAAGCCUGUACCUGAAGGCUAUAAAAUAUUUUCACUCUGUGAUGCUGGAUAUACGUAUACAUUUAUGUUUAGUUCACGAAUCGAAGAUAAUACAGAUUUAGAGUCAAUCCCUGGUAUUAAUAAGGCUAGAUGUACAGUAUGGUAUUUGGUAAAUCAACUUCCCCGGGAAAAAAAUUUCCAUAUAUAUAUGGAUAAUUAUUUCUCAAGUAUUCCUCUUUUUAAAUAUUUGCGCAAAAACAAUAUAAGUGCCUGUGGAACUGUUAGAACCAAUUCAUCUAAAUUUCUCAAAGAAUUAAAACCUAAUAAUGUUCAUUUAUUAGAUUGGAAUACACUUAGUGGAGUAGUUACAAAUGAUGUAUUAGCUAUAUUAUGGGUUGAUAAUGGGCCAGUAACCAUGCUUACAACUAUCCAUAAAAUUAUAG